GAGUGUGGCAAAGAAGAAAUUUUCAUUGAUUUUGGUCUGCCUUGUGGAAAAGACGGACUUCAUAAAAGAAGUUGAUGACGAGAAAAAUUUCUUCUGAUUGAACUGGUCGACAUUUGACUUACAGGGAUAUUUCUUUGAUAGCAACGUAACUGCAGGAAGACAAAGCAAAUUUAAUACCAUUCUCUGAGAAGUUCGGGAAUUUAAACUUCCGGGUAUUCCUCACGGUAGCAUGGGAGGAAUAUUAUGGACCAUUUCAUUGCUUGCUGUCUUCACUUUCGCCAACGGACAAAACUAUGGAGCCUAUGGAGGAUAUCAGUAUACACCACUAUAUCCACCUUAUUACAAAAUGGCGCCCGUCUACAGCUGGUACCAACGGGAUUCAAAACCAACACCUGCUGUGGAAAUGGAACCGAAAUCUCAAGAUAUUACUCCGUUCGAAGUGCAAGGACUGUUGUAUCACAAUCUUCAUCGCAAAGUGCAUGAAACUCCAGAUCUUCGACUUGACCACGAGUUAAGCCUUCAGGCUGCAAGAUAUGCCCAGCAAAUUGCCCAAAGGUUAAGCGUAAAACAUUCUCCAAUUUCAAGCCGACCGGGGCAGGCAGAAAACAUCUUCUUACGCUGCAAAGCAUUCAGUACAGGAGUGUCUGCUUUUGAAGCAGUCCGAGAAUGGUAUUCUACUGUUUGCCACUGGGAUUUUGAUAAACCAAUCCCUGUAAACGAGAAAGGAAAGCCAUUCGGCAAGAUCGUAUGGCGAACAAAUCAGCAACUUGGAAUUGGACGGGCAAAUUUUCCUGUCGACAAAUUCAACUGUACUGCUGUAGUGGCGCGAUACAGACCUUAUCUCAAUCAGCAAAAUUACAUUGAAAAUGUUCCAAAGGGGAAAUUUGUUCCAACUGGCUGUCGCUAUAUAAAUGCGGUGGACAAUGACCAAUUUAUUGUGAAUCCUGAACCUGGAGAUGGUUGCCAAAAGAUUUCUGGAUUCAAAGGACAAAUGCUACAUGAAAGCUCCUCCUGCACAAUAAAAAAGUUAUUCGCAAUUUUUGGAGCUUCAGUGAGAAGAGGGAAACAAGGAUUUAGUGUUGUUUUAUAA